AUUUCCUCGCCGCUUUAGCCAGGAGACAUGAUUUCUUCAACAUAUAUUUGACGUGGAAGUCGCAGCGGAUUGAUGCGCUGGUGGCUUGUUGGCGAUAUAUAUCGAUUUUUCUUUCUUGACGAUUACGCUUGUGCCUGGACUUACUGCUUCACGCAAAUCAAUCUAUCGUUCAAGAGGUGGCGGUCAGAGCUGAAGAAAAAAUAUUUUACUCAAAGAACAGAAGAUUGGGAGCGUUACUGGCAUCUUGACGAGCGCGCCGAUGGAGUUGAUUUUUUUGCACUUUGCGAUUAUUGGGACACGGCCGAAGCUCAGGAACAAGCUGAAAUAGCAAGGAGGAACCGCAAUGCGCCCCGCAGUUACGAGCAUCACGGGGGCUCCAGGUCCUUCAGCCAGCAUUAUCAUCAAUUGGCGCUUGAGGGAAGGGGAGAACUCGGGCAUUUUGCAGAUCGUAUUCUGACUGGUUGGAGUCCAAAUUACGCCGAUGAAGUGAAGAAAGCGCAGAACCGGGAUCUGGCUGAGAAAUUACAUGCUAAGGUGCAGGAGCAAUUAUCACAGACUCAGGUCGAUUCUAACACUCCGACCCGAUUAAGUAGAGAGGAGGAGGAUAGCAUCAUCGAGACCGUCAUUGGACCGAGUAGGAAGAACAGAUACAGGUGGAGAGGAUCCGAGCAUCGGCCGUACGAGUCCAGUAGCACCUACGAGUCUGCAGCUCCACCAGGAUGCAGUUCUUCUCAAGACCCGACUAUGGAGCAGCGGAUGAAAGCGAUGGAAGAUUGGCAGUCGCGUCGGGAGUAA